CCUGCCGGAGGUCGUCAUUUGGUCAAGCUAAAGCUGAAACGAACAUACUCUAUUUUCACUAAUUGGGCCCAAAAAUAGUACAGUAUAAUAAUGGCACUCAGUGCUGACACAACAAAACCUCCGCUACGUGACCAAAUAACAGAGCUUCAGCGUAAAAUCCAACUACUGGAGGGCGACAGAACUGCAUACCAUGAGAGCACCCAGUCCACCAUCAAGAAGAACGUAACGGCCAUCCGCCAGCUGAGGCAGGACAACAAAAGGCUGUUGAGAGAACUGGCAGAAGCUAAUGCUGGUGAUGAACACAUCAUUAAAGUGGCCUUUCAUAACAGAGCCUUGGAGAAGGAUGGCUACCGCAACAUGUCAGGAAAUGAGGCUCUCGCAACUCUAGACUACAGGGUGCUGUCCAAGAGGAAGCGUCUGAAUGCCCUAAAAGCCACCACCCAGUCCUACCAGUGCCGCCUUGGCGAGCUGAAGAAGUACCAUGGAGGGAAAUCAGUGGGCAGCAGUGCAACGGCGUCUACUGAUGCUUUCACUCACAAGGGAGAGGAAGAGGCCAUGAAUCUGCGUGCGCUGGAGAACAGUCUGGAGAAAACUCGGUUUAAGUGCAAGGAGGCUAAGAACAUCAUGAGUAACUAUUUAAAACUCAAAAGUCACUUACAGGAUGAGAGUCUGACUUUUGAGGGCCAGUUGGACAAUCUGGAGGCCGAAAUCCUGAAGCACAGAGAGGAGUAUCAAAACCUGCAGGCCAUGAAUAAAGAUGCUCAGCUCUUUGAAAAAGCAGCUAAGGCCGAGUUGCAGCAGCUGGAGGCAUUGCUCUACAAGGAGCGUAAGGAAAGAGAGCGUCUCAAAGCAAGCUACAUGAAAAAGGCUGAGGAGCACAAAGCCCAGGCUGAAAAAGUCGAUAGGAGGGUCCAGAGAACAAUUAUCCAGCCAGAUGAACUUAGCAGUGAAGCCCCACACAGCACCACCAGGAUGGCAGGAGAAGAGGAAAAGCCAAUGUCUACCUUUGAGGAGGCCUUCAGACGCCUGAAGGAGACCACCGGGGUCACAAAUUCACAGGAGGUAGAAGACCGCAUUACCACCCAGAGGAGGACACACCAGCAUCUGGAGAAGCUGAAGGGAGAGAACGAGGAGGUCCUGCUGCAGCUGAAGCAGCAGAAGGAGCUUCUGAACCAACAGUUUGAAAAUAUAAAGUAUUCAGGAGAGGCUAAAUUCUCCAGUGACCAGCAGAUUUUGGAAGAUUGUGAGCAGCAACUCCAGGCUCAGUUGCAGAGGUGUAAUGCAGGCAGAGAGCGCCUGGAUUGGCUUGUGAAAACCUUCAGCACUGUCCGAGCCGCCGUUGAGCACCUGACAGACAAACUGAAACACAUCGCAGUGAGUGUGGAUGCAGUUGCUGAAGUACAUCCAGACUGUGAUGAAUUUGUGGUGGAGCUGAUGACCCAGUGGGAGCCUAAAUUACAGGUACUGCAACAGGAGCUUCAAGGAAAGGAUCUGGCUGCCAUUAAGAAGGAAAUGGAAGAAGAGGAGUUCACUGUCAGGAUUGAAGAGAAACUGCCAGAGUACAACACUCGAGUCAGACUACCUGAGGAUGAAGCAUUGGACCUCUUCACUGAUGAGGACAGGAGUGGAGAGGAAGAGGCUGACAUCGUCUCACGGGAGGCACUGAAACGUCAGUCUCAGCUGAUCGUCGACUCCAACUCCAAGAGGAAGUCCUGGAAGAAGAAGAAGGGCAAGUUCUGAUCCAGCCGUCUCAAGAGUGAUGGAAAAUAAAUGCUCUAAACCAAAGACUGACUCUAAAAUGGCCUUGUUGUACAGUACGGUGACGACAAAGAGCCUUAAUGGACUUCAAAGGUUUCCCAUUGUAAUUAGGUUUCACCUCAACAAUUAUUUGUGGUAUGUGUCUUAGCAGGUGUGACAAAGAAUCUUAGCACAUUGUUGGCUGUAAACACAAAUGAAAACACAUUUGUUGACAUACUGAAAAAUGAGCACAAUUUGUCAUUUCAUAGAUGAUAUUUAUGAGUUGAUGUAUUUGUAUCUAAUUGUACGGGUGUCUUUGUUUAGACAACAGCAAUGAUCUCUGUCACUGUUGCACAAACACUUGUUUCUCCACCUGCUUUGCACUGAUCACAUUUCACCCUCUGCCUCAUGGGAAUGCAAUAAAAAACAAGCAAAGCAUUUCUUUCCCUUCUUUAUUUCUAAUAUAAUAAAUAGCUGGAUGAUACCGGCAGAAACUGAUAA